AUGUCAUCGACAACAUCACAAAAAUUUCGAGAUUUUACUGGUGAACCAUUAAAAGAUAAACAUCUUAGUGAAGUACCUGGCUUAGGACCAAAAUUAGCAAGUAAUUUAGAAGAAUCUGGUAUUAAAAAAGCUUAUGAAUUAUUAGGUAUUUAUUUAACAUUAUUGAAGAAUAAAGAUUAUUUUGAACUUUGGAUUCGUGAUAAUGCCGGUGCUAAUCGUUAUCAAGCUAAACAAUUUUUAUAUUCAUUAAAUUGUUUUGUAUGUGAUUCAAAAGAAGAUGAACAUUGUCCAGAAACAUGGACACGUAAAGAUAUACUUCCUAUUGAAUGUGGAGGACUUGAUGGUGUACAAAAUGCUCGAUUUUGUAUAAAGACUAUUGCUGUUUUUGGAGGUGCUGUGGCAACAAAAUGUUUUUGUACACCAUGUCAUAUGGAUAAUCAAUGUAUUGAAGUAAAAUAUCCUCAGGAUGAAAAAAUGUAUUAUUCAUGUACAUAUACAGGUUGUAAUCGAACAUCUUAUUUAUAUUUAUCAAGAAUAAUUUUUCUUUCAAUGCAGAUUUUAUUUUAA